AUGCUUCACAGAGACGUUAUUGUUCAAUCUUACAAAAUCAUCCCAUCUGUCCGCUUGAUGGCUGCCUGCUCCCCAGAUGCCAAGUAUACCCAGGCUUCUCUGCUGGUACACAUCGUGCCACUCUGGGGCCUCGUUCUCGAUCUGGAUGUCGCAGCUGCAAACGUGAGUUGUUCCAAUGUCAAUUGUCCGGCUACGACCGAGAAGACCCGCCAGAACAGCAAACCAUUGGCAAGGCUGACUUUUCAUCAUCCGCAAUCAGUUGGGCAUUACAAAUGUGAUGAGGCCACACCAAUCUGUGGGAGAUGUGCUCGGACCAAGAAACCCUGCCACUACCCAGGAAGUGGCGGCAGCACCCCAGAAGCCAACCUCAAGUUUGUGGUCUACACCAUACCGAAGGAUCCCGUUCAACUCUUAGAAAUCCCGGCUCACGAGCAAAGAUUGCUGUGGCACUUCCAACACCGCACGAUUGGACAGCUUGAAAGCACCUUUCGCUCCGAGCUGUGGUCGACCAUCAUUCCCACACUAGUUCAACACGAUCCGGUCGUUCGCCAGGCGGUGCUGGCUCUGAGCGCUUUCCACGAGCACUAUUUAGUUCAAGGUCGUACCAGCACAGCUUUGCCAGACCAUGCAACCCGCUGCUACCAUCAAGCCCGACAACAGAUCAUCCAACUCAAAUCGCCCGAGAAUUUCUUCGACUCCAUUCUAUGCGCAUGUCUCAUCUUCGGUGUCUGUGCGAGUCUGCGCGGCGAGUUCGAAGAAGCAACCCGCCAUGCUACGGCGGGCAUGAGGAUCAUCUCGGGUCGGCGGCGGGCCCUGACACCGUCGACCUCGAUAUUCGCGUCGGCGGACAACACCUUGUUCAGUGUUUUUCUGGACCUCCAGGAUCAGGUUCUGCAAGCGAAUGACGAUGAUUUCCAGAUCGCUUGUCCUGAGCUGGAGGGGCAGGUAGGCGAUAUACCAGACCAGUUUGAGGAUAUGGAAACCGCCUUGACACACCUCCAAGUUCUCGUCAAUGAUUUCAUCGACCUUCACCAAGCUGCCGAGAGACAUCACGAGACUCAUCCCUGGGUCGCUUCGCAGAUAUCUCCUGCACUGCAGCCAAAAUUUGACGAGAUCAGUACGAGAUACGACGUGUGGAAAAAGGCCCUUUCGAGCCUGAGUGCGAACGGCGAUCAUCGCCAACGAGCCGGGCUUCUACUCCUGAAAAUCUUCGAACUUUCAUUUCAAAUCGACAUGCACACUUUCGAGCAUGGAGAAUCGACGUAUGAUGACUUCAGAGACACGAAUUUAACUAUCUUGAGCCUCGUUGAGGCCUUUGUCCAGAUCCAGUGCGACACCAGUGGCAUCAAGGCUUUGGAUCAUAAUGACCAGACCGAGUCCCCGACUUCCAAUCGCCAAAGCCUGUACUUUACAUCAUCUCCCGAAAUCGUCCCUGUCCUCUUCGAAAUCGCGACACGAAGCCAUGACCCAGCACUGCGUCAAAAAGCCUGCCAAUCCCUCCGUUCGUGUCGCAGGCGCGAGGGGAUCUGGGACAGCUUUGUGGCCGCAAGCUUAGCAGAACAGAUUGCCGAUCUAAAACACCAAGGUAUGAUGGCCGCGGAGAACCAAAAUGCCGGCCGCAAAUUUCUGGUCACGGAUAUCAAUCUCCUCUCCGAUCGCGAGUGUGUUGUCAAGUACGGGUUCAAGAAGGUUCAGCCAGGCUCCUUCGGCUCGUUCUGGUUGGAAACCAUCAAACCCGAGGAGGGCGUGCUGCAGUCGCAGAUACUGACCAUUUCCUGA